GCCGAGUUUUCCACCCACAGAAGCUGGAAAUUCCAACUUGGUCACGCCUCGUUUGGAGAGCGCACGAUGACGACACACUCGCGGCGUCCUUCGAAAGUAAACCGACGCCGCUUCCUGGUUCGCACUUUCCUCACCACAAUCGGCGGGAGAGCCCGCGGGGUUCGAGCGGAGAGCCAAGUCGUCGUCGCGCGCCCAUAGCACGUUUUCCCAGCGAGACCAACGUGAGGAAUGAUGUCACGUGCGAGCAAAGCGUCCAGGGAGGCGGCGCCGUCCUCGUCAAGGGUGACCUGCGCGGUCUUUGUCCUCUUGCUGCUGGACCUGCUGGCGUUCACCCUCAUCCUGCCUCUGCUGCCGUCCAUCCUGGACCACUACGCCUUCGCCGGGGACGCCGCCUAUCAGUCGCUGCAGAGCGCCGUGGACGUCUUCAGAGAGGCGCUCGGGAUUCCCAUGGAAAAGAAGUACAACAGCGUCCUGUUCGGAGGUCUGAUCGGCUCCGUCUUCUCCCUGCUGCAGUUUGUGUCGUCCCCCAUCACCGGAGCUCUGUCGGAUCGCUACGGCAGGCGACCUUUACUCCUCCUGACUACCGUGGGGAUGAUGGGCGCCUACGCGCUGUGGGCGCUGUCCCGGAGCUUCGCCGUCUUCCUUUUGUUCCGGGUGGUGGGCGGAGUGUGCAAGGGCAACGUGGGCCUCUGCACCGCCGUGGUGGCCGACAUGGCCGACCCCAAAGCUCGCGCCCGCGGGAUGGCCAUGAUUGGCGUGGCUUUCUCGGUGGGCUUCACGGCGGGACCUCUGAUGGGGGCGUACUUGGCCGCAAAAGGCGCCGACGGCCACGUCUUCUUCCAGACGCCGGCGUUGCUGGCGUUGGCCUUCAGCGCCGCGGACCUCCUUUUCAUUUGGCUCAUGCUGCCCGAAACGCUGUCGCCGUCUGCCAAGGGCUCCCAGUCGGGCUUCGGAGACCUCCGAGACCUGCUCAGCCCGCCGGCCUUGUUCAACUUCUCCGCCGUGAGCCGAACCAAAGACCCGCCCUCGGAAGAAAGAAUGGAGCGGCUGAGAGCGUCGGGUCGGGUCUAUUUCUGCUACCUCUUCCUCUUCUCCGGCCUGGAGUUCACGCUGAGUUUCCUCACGCACCAACGCUUCCGCUUCACGAGCAUGCAGCAAGGAAAGAUGUUCUUCUUUGUGGGCGUGGCCAUGGCGUCCAUCCAAGGCGGAUACGCGCGCAGGAUCAAACCGGGACACCACGUCAAAGCCGUCCGCACGGCCAUCGCCGCGCUGAUCCCGGCCUUUCUUCUCAUUGGACUCUCGUGGAACGUCAGCAUGCUCUACGCCGGCUUGGCGCUCUACUCCUUUGCGGCAGCGGUUGUGGUCCCGUGCCUCUCCACACUUGUCUCUGAACACGGCUCGCCCAGUCAGAAAGGCACAGUGAUGGGCAUCCUGCGCAGUCUGGGCGCGCUGGCCAGAGCUCUGGGGCCCGUUGUGUCAUCCACCGUUUACUGGCUGGCCGGGGCUCAGGUCUGCUUCCUUGUCACGUCGGCCUCCUUUGUGAUCCCGCUGAUUCUGCUGAGGGGCGCCUGACCACGGCUCACCUCCGCUCAUUUUGACGUCUUUGCGUUGACAUGUGCUCAUUUGCCAUGGACUUUCGCAAGAGCAAGAGUGCGUGCGUGCAUGUGCGUCAAGCUUUUAUACUGUACUUACCUUUUUGUCACUGUAAAGAACAAGCAUUCACUGUUGAGGUGCCUUAAAAGAGGUCUGUUUUAUUCUCAAUAAAACAAAUGAAAGAA